UAGGGGAUUUAUGAUUUGCUCAGAUCAUGAAUGAUCCAAUAUAACAGUAGUGAGUCUUUGACAUUAGUUCAGUUGCUGUCAUUUUUUUGACAUAACUGACUUGUGGAUCCGCCCCCUAUUUCAAUAAAAAAUAAUGGUAAAAGGGAGGGAUUAAACAGUUUUCAAGGGUUUUUUUUCAACAAUGCAAUAAACAUUGGAUCUAAUAGACUUGAUUUCACUGUGAAUUAAAAUUAUUGAAUGAUGUUAGUUUGUGAUUUGUAUCAAUAAGUAUAGUAAGAAGUGUCAUCAGUUGUCAGAGUGAAUUGUUUUUAAUUUACGAGUUGAACUCUGUUGUGCCCUUUGUAAAACCGUUAAUUAUUAAAUAUAAAUUGGUAUGAUUACAUAGCCACAAUGACGGUUGAUUUCAAUGAUUAUUUCUGGGGCGAGAAGAAUAAUGGAUUUGAUGUUUUGUACCAUAACAUGAAAUAUGGACUUGCAGCCAGCAAAGAAUUUGCAGAUUUCCUGAGAGAAAGAUCUAAUAUAGAAGAAAAUAAUUCCAAACUAUUGAGUAAGCUAGCUAAACAAGCUGGUAGUUGCUGUGUACAUGGUACUUUCGCACCACUCUGGCAGGUUUUGAAGACAUCAGCAGAGCGCUUGUCAGCUUUACAUAUGCAAAUGGUACAGAAAGUUUCAGAUUUAGUCAGGGAAGUCAGCAAAUACGCAGAGGAACUCCAUAAGAAGCAUAAAUUG